AUGCAACACAGGGUUCCUUGUCAACACAGUUCUCUAGCAUCCUUUGCAAUGCAAGAAUUGAAGAAUGCAAUAAUUACCGAGGCUCAGGAGGUCAGCAUCACUAAGAAAACGGGUCACCUUCAUUUGACCUUUGACCCAGGAAGCAAGCGAAGCAAGCAGACGGUCAACACUCAUAACAGUGCCGUUACUGAGCCACACAGUGAACGAGGCGUGAGUGAGGCCGAGGUUCUGGAUACAGCUUCCAAUGGCCCCAGAACGCGGAGGAUCAAGAAGAGAGAUAAAAAGGACGAGAAACGGCCGAGAACCGCGUUCACGUCCGAUCAGCUGGCCAGGCUCAAGAAGGAGUUCCAGGAAAACAGAUACCUGACGGAGAAGCGGCGACAGGACCUGGCCAGGGACCUCGGCCUGAACGAGAGUCAAAUCAAGAUCUGGUUCCAAAACAAACGUGCCAAAAUAAAAAAGCAGUCCGCAGGCCAGAAGAACCCGCUGGCGUUGCAGCUGAUGGCGCAGGGGCUGUACAACCACUCGACGAUCCCCAUUCGGGAGGAGGACGACGAGAAGAUCCUGCCGCCCGUAUGAUCCUCGGUCUACGGGUCGUCCCUUCCUUACCAGAGCCGCUGAGACGAGGAGGAGGAGGACGAGGAAGGAGGCGGACGAGGAGGAGGGGGAGAAGGACGAGGGUCUCCGAAGAAUUAGGAGCGAUGGAGGACGAGAGGAAAGGAGGGCGAAGUGAAGGAGGACGAAGACGACGACGACAAAGUGACGACUACGAACGACGACGUCCUGAGUCCAGGGGGACGACUCUCGCGCGGCUGAACGGAGCUGGCGAGGUCGUCCGGAUGGAAGGCGGAAGCGUGGAACGACGACGGGCGUGUAUGCAUAGGAAAACGACUUGUCAGAACCGAUCCCAGUUAAUGGCGGCGAAGGAGGAAGACCUUGGUGCUCCCGCCUGGCUCCUGUUUCUCCUCCCAGUGAUUUCUCGUGAAGGUUUAACACAAUAGAUAAAGAGAGAGGUAAAGAUAAAGGAGAGAGAGAGAUAAAAAAGAAUUGAGUGAGAGAGAGAGAGAGAGAGAAAGAAAAUGAUCGUAUCUUUGAUUCUCACCAAACGAAAAUAAAUAUGUGUUGGUAUCCGCAGAAGGCAAAGUUGGUCGCCCGGAGUUACCGGAGAUUGUCGGUAAGCGCUGGGAAGUAAUCUGGUAAAAAGUGCAAAAGAGAUAAUCAUGUAUAAAAGAGGUAAAACAAGCGAUUAUGUAAGACAAGUGAUGAAGGAACUAAUCUUCGUCUGUCUGUCAAAGAUAUGAUACCUAUUUUGGUCGACUGAGAAUCUCCCGAACUGUGUCUCUUUUCCCUUGUAAAAUAGGUCUCAAGUUUUGUCAUCAAUGAAAUAGAAUAAAAGUGUUGAUGAUACAGAAACGAUAAUCACUUUAUCGAAAGUAGUGAUGUCCCAAACACAGGCAUAUUAACCAGAAUAAUUCGUUUCCAUAAGUCUUUAGAAUAAUGUGCAAACGACUGAUUAAAUAACAGGGGAAAUACAGAUCUAAAAGGAGCAUUAGUUGAAGUGAUGGUGAAAGGUCCUUUUUCUAAAAGUGAAAAAUGAAAAUAAUCGCCUUCAAGUAAUCAGAACUUCUAUCUUUAAUCACUACAGGCGAUUUAUGAACAAUGAACACCUUUUUAAGAUGAAGAAGAAUAAAGUGAAUAUCACUGCUUCUACCAUGGAUGAAAGAGACUGUCUAUCACAUGACUGGCAUCUGUAUUAUAUGUAGUGGUAUACUAAUACCUGCUGAACUGUUCUGCUCUGUAAAUGGCAAAACCUCUAGAAUAAUUUAUGGUGUAUUUAUAUGGUACCAUUGCCCUUCGUGAUGGUAAUCUACUCACACAUUGGACUCAGGUGUUCUUGUUUUUUUUAAUUAUCGUGUUUUUUUGUUUGUUUUUUCUUCCUCACGUUUAAUUAUGAAUAUUAAUUUGGUGAUUAUACUUUAUGCAAUGUUGAGAUACACAGAAUUUAUAGCCUGUCUUAUUCAGUCGAUUCAACAUUCCCCGGGAUUUCUGUUUUAAGCAAGUUAGAAGGAUUAACAAAAAUCAAUGGCUAUGAUGUAUGCCGCACACACACACACACACACACACACACACACAAACACACACACACACACACACACACACACACACACACACACACACACACACACACACACACACACACACACACACACACACAGAAGCACACAAGCACACAUAGGUGUAGACAUGUAAUAGUAUUAAAAUAUCGUGCUUCCUGAAAUUACACAUAUCUCUUCUUUAUCUUCUAAUCUCUUAUUUUUGUCGAUUUCCCCCUGUGGCAAUACGAAAAUUGAGUAAGUACAUGAACUAAAGAUUCUGAUAUAUUACAGUAAUU